GUCACCCUCGGUGCCCACAACAUCAAGGAACGGGAGAAGACCCAGCAGGUCAUCCCUGUGAAAAAAGCCAUCCCCCACCCAGGCUAUAAUCCUAAGAAUUUCUCCAAAGAUAUCAUGUUAUUACAGCUGCAGAGAAAAGCCAAGCUGACUACAGCGGUGAAGCCCCUCAAGCUGCCCAAGGGCAGGUCCCAUGUAAAGCCAGGACAGGUGUGUGAUGUGGCUGGUUGGGGACGGAGGACCCCAAAGGGCCAAUACCCAAAAACACUGCAGGAGGUGGAGCUGACAGUGCAGGAAGACCAAAUGUGUGAGUCCCACUUAGAAGGUUACUACAACAGUGUCAGUCAGAUCUGCGUGGGAGACCCAAAGAUGAUAAGUUCUUCCUUUAAGGGAGACUCCGGAGGCCCCCUUGUGUGUAACAAUGUAGCCCAAGGCAUUAUCUCCUAUGGAAAUGCUAAUGGGACACCUCCACGAGCCUGCACCAAGAUCUCAAAGUUCUCACAUUGGAUAAAGAAAAACAUGAAACCCUACCAACCACAAGAGGAGACUAACACGCAUCCUCCCCUCCUAAUAACUGACCAUCUUUCUUUGAGCUGAAGCUAGAACUGUACCAGGCAAGGUGCCAACGACUAAAUAAAUG